GGCGCUAGUAGUCUGACGUUUCAGUUUUGGCGGGAGAUUGUUAUUGUGGAAAAGCUGUGUUCUAAAGAUUUUCUCAUUUUUCGACAAUGGAGCCCAGUGAAAUUGAGUUUUUGAGUGAAAACACAAUCUUGGGGAUUAUCCCAAACUUUACCUGUGAUGCAAUUCACUUGAUUUCUGGCAGUGUUGGCCCUUUUCGGGCUGGAUUGCCGGUGCAUGUACCAUUGUGGUUAGGUAUUCACUUGAGGAAGCGCCAAAGGUGUCGUUUUGUGGCCCCGGCAUGGAUGAAUGUGAACGAUUUGGAGGAACUGAAGGAAGAGGAGAAGAGACAAGCGAGUUUUGUGAAAAUGCCGGACAGUCACUACAUGCCAGUGACUAAAUUGCUACUCUCAGUGGCUGCUGAGGAUAUACCCGCCUCUUCAGAAGUCAGGACACUCAUCAAAGACAUCCACGACAUAAGAAGUUCUAAAUUUCGUUCCUUCAUGGACAACUUCAUCCGAGGAGACCAACAGAGGAUCAAAUUGGAUCAUUUAACCAGUCUGGAAAUUCAUACAUGGACUCCACUCUUUCCCCAUGCUCUGGAUUUUCUGGCCCGCCUAAAGAGGGGAGCUGAACAAGCCGCCUACAAUGCCAGUCGCACGAGAAAUUCCUCAACAAUCCAGCACAUGCACUCAACAUCUUGAGAGUGCAAUUCAUCCCGAAGAUCUCAUCACCAAGUAAGUCAAGUGAAAGAUCAUGUACAAAUUCUCAUUCUUUAUUUUUCAUUUCUCUUGAAUACAAAUAAAACCACUUCUCCCACGCACGAGAGAAAAUUA